AUGAGUGGAGACAGACCAACUUCUAGCUUUGGUGAUCCAAACGCUCAGCCUCCCACCCCAAAGCAAACCCCGACCACCGCUGCUUUCCCAAGCUCUGUGUUCGAAACCCCCAAGAAUAACCGAGUUUCCUUCGAGGAUUCCUCUGGGUGGACUCCUCAGUUUGCUGAGGAGUAUUCCGUCUUCAAUUCCACCCCCGGUAACCUCAAAGCUUCCCACGCUCCCUUUGCCGACUACUCUGUCCCUUAUCAGCCUUCAAAUCAUAAGAGACUCCUAUCUGCCGGGAGCAUUGUUGCUGAAAUUUCAACCCAUGCUCCUCACUUUUCGCCGAACCCAAAUUUACCUCUACCGCCUGUUGACCCGUCCAAGCGGCUGGCAUCAUCCCCGAACCCCUUAGCCUCCGGUCAUAGCCCAACCGAAGCCGGCUUCCGGUCUAGUUCUCAACAGCUGCCCAAGAAAAUUCACCGAGACGGAGCGCAAGAGACUCAGGGGCAAACGGCUACACCGCCGCCGUCUACUCAUAAAGGGAGGCAGCGACUCGCCCCAAAGCUACGGACGGGCAAUAUGCAAAAUGACGGAUUCGAACAGGAAUUCGUAGCUGGCACGCCGCAGCAGAUGCACAGUUUUAUCCCAACGACCCCCACGGAUCUUUUUGGAUACCCAAUGUCAGCGCCACCUACGGCCUCUGGCUAUGGAGAUUCGCGCAUGUUCUGGGAUACUGAUAUGGGCGGGAUGGACAUCGAUUUUUCCGUUGCUAGCGGGGAGAUGUUCCAAACUUCUAGUCACCGGCCCAUGAGCUCUAUAGAUUGGGGCAAGUCAAACGAGAUGUUUCAAGAAACUGGCACUAUUCCAUCCCAAAGCCAAGAAAGUAACCCGCCAGCGAAGAAGGAACGGGCACUUGCGCCAAAACCUCCGCAACCGACUUUGGACACAAGCGUUACCGAUACGGCAAUGUUUAGUCAGUCCUUUGCUACAUCGGCUGACGAAUCUUUUGCCAUGAUGAACCAGAAUGGUUCCGUAGAUCCCGGCCUCCUGUUUACGAGGCCGCCGUCUGCGAACAUGGAACCUGCCUCUUUCAACCCUCUAUCGCAGCCUCCCUCGAUGCAAUCUUUUUCGCAUCCAGAGCCCGUCAUAUUAGCUGCCAAGGCGCCAAAGCGUGGAGCCGUUCGCCGUUCAGCCAGCAACAAGGAAAUAAACGCCGGCAAAAAGGUGAAUCGGGUGUCCGCGAGCUCACCGGCCAAGCCAUCUGAUCGCCCCGGGCUAUCGCGUAGCCUCGGCGAGAAGAUAAGCCGAAAGCCUGUCAGCAAGGCGGCUAAUUUACCUAACCUUGCACCAGCUACACGACCCAUGCCACAGAGUACUGGAAGAUCGGCAUCCCAAGGAUCUAGAAUAAGCGGAAGUGGGAGAAUAUCACCAUUGAAGAAUCAUCAACAACGACUUCCAAGUUUGAGCUCCAUCCCUGAAACACCACCCCCAAGAACGCAAACUUCGGUUAAGUUCACAAUCGAUUCGAGGGGUCGGGCUCGCGCGGAAACAACGACAAUCGUCGUAGAAGAUGAGGAUACAACACCAACGGCAGUGCGUAGUCGGAAGGAGAAGCGUAGCAAAGGCAAAAGCUGGGCAUCCUCGGAAGAUGAUGAUUCCUCAACGGAUGACGAACCUAUAAUUAUUCCUAGCCGGAACACGUCGUUCGCUCUCCCAGACCCACGAAACCCGGCGUCUCUCCCUUUCCACUCCUCUCAGCGGAGUAUUAGUGACCAGAGUACGAGUAGUCUCGGAAUAUACUAUAACGAACCUGAUCCCGUCGAUGAUCCUGAGAGCGAGGCCGAGACGGUGAUGAACGUGCCCGGCGGUAGUAACUACGGCGACGCAACAAGUGAGCUACGCAGAGUUAUCGAGAACCGUCAGAAGAGGGCGUCCAACAUGAAUGAGAAUUUCAUACCUCGGCCAGCCUCAAGAUUAACUCCUUCCCCUUUAAAGUCCAGUCAGCUCCGUAGCCAGUCCAACGAACGAGGCCACCGCAUCCGAUGCGUUUGCAACACAGCUAAUAACCAUAUCCAUGGAAAUAGUUAUAUGGUUCAAUGUGAAUCAUGCGAGAUGUGGCUUCAUGGUAAAUGUAUCAACAUCACACGGCAAACCCAUCCCAGCGUGUAUAUAUGUGCAUUUUGUGCGAACACGCCGAACGCCCAUGGAAUGCGAGGUCGAGAAAUACGCAGGAGUAUGGGGGGCACGAACCCCCGAGUACCUGCUACGUCUCCGCUGGCACACAAGUCAUUCAAGUCGUUUAGAUGA